AUGUCUACAUACGACGACGCCAUGGACACCACUCCUGAUAAGGGCAAAGGCAAGCUCCAGGAGGAUACCGUUGCCAACCCCGCCGUUGAAGAAGAAUCUUCGGAAGAAGAGGAAGAAGAAACGUUCGAUGAACAUGCUUUGCCCGAAGACGAGGUUGAACACGACGCUCUCGAGGAAAUCACAUCCUCCAACAUCGUUCCCGGUGGUCGUACCCGUGGCAAGGCCAUCAACUACGCCGAGGUCGACCAAACCGGCCUUGACGAUGAUGAUGACGAUGAUGAGGACUUCCAGGAGAAGCCCGCCCCACAGGAUGAAGAUGUUGAUAGGAUGGAAGACUGA